AUGGACACCCCACAGCGCGACGGCGACACCCCUCCCCAUCCUCCACUCACCCAACCUCCCCGUGCCGCGGUUCGCCGCCCGGCCCACCACCGAGCGGCGACACAACUCCCCCAGGAGAAACGCCGUGCGGCGACGACCGCGAACCGCACCCAACGCCCUGCCCCGGGCGCGGCCCGCGAGGUCAACACGAGCAACGAGAAGCUCGCGGAGGACGUCAGCAGCGACGACGAUGAGGGAGACGGACAGGUAUGGCGCACCAGGAGCGAACGAGAGAAGGAGACCCUCCGAGCCUUCUUCGGCGACGUCUCAGAUCGUGAAGACGACGCCAACCGCAUGUCGGACGGCACACCGACCCCCGGGCAGCGCAAGAAGGAGGGCGCACCGCGCGAGCCCUCCCCGGACCUCUUCGCCCCCGCCGCGCAAGCAGACGAGGACCCCUACGGGAUGGGCAACACGUCCAUGAACACGGACAUGGCCUACAGCCUCGCUGAGAACGCGGGCCUGGACGACGUCCCGUUGAGUCAAACGGGUGUGAACCUCGUCCCUCGCCAACCGGCCACCCAGCAGGCAUCAAUGGACGAGGACGCAGCGGAGGCGGCUCCCCACGGUGAGCCCGCAGGGGCGCUGCCUGAGGGUAAUCCGAGGAAGAGAGCUCGAAGGGACUCUUCCGCGGGGCGUCCGCCCGAGCAUGACGCAACGCCAGUAUCACACGGCCCGCAGAACGGCGGGGGAAGUGUCGGCCCUCCCAUCCAGCACAACCAAGGUGACCAAGCGUUCCAACAGGCUGAAGCGCUGCCGCCGUACGCCCCGCCGCCACCUCCCGCACAUGCAAUCAUGCAACCGCCAAUGGCCACGACCGCGCCCGGAGCUCCCGGAGCAGUGCACAUGCCGGCACCAGUGUACCCGUACCCAUACCCCCCGCAGGACCUCGCCCAGACGCGAACGCUGGCCACCAUGCGGCUCCUGCACCAGCGCGAGAUAGCGGCCGUCCUGGCUAAAAAGCUGAGGAUCUCAGUAGAGCGAGCGGAGCACCUACUAGACGCACCAUAUACCGGCGAAGGAGGCGUCCUCUCCGUCCUCUCCAAGAUGCCGGCGGACGCGUUCUGGCAGGGCAGCACGACGCCGUCCCCGGUCCCCGCGGCGACUAGGACGAGCCGCCAGCAGCUCGCAGCGCCUCCCAGCACGGGUCCCGCGCACCAGAACACUCGGACAGGACAGGGAAGGGCGGCGCGCCCACUCUCAUCGGCAUCCACGAACGGGGGCGGCCCGAUGGGUCUUCCGAUGGGCCCGAACAGAGCGCAGCAGGCGACGACUGCCCCGCAGCCCAUCCCCGCCUCCGCAACGGGACCAACGAGAGACCCUAGGCAGAGGCCGCCGCGUCAGGCGAGUGUGGCGCAUGCACCACUCCCCCAAACGCUCCCCGUGCACCCCCCUCCGCCGCUCGCACCCGCGGAGAACGCAGCCGCCGACUACGACAUGGGCGACGACACGCAGUACGCGCACUGGCUCCCAGAGUUCCACAACGACGAACUAGCGGAGCUCCGUAGCCGCAUUCCGGAGUGGGCGUUCCAGCCGCUCGGUGCAGAGGAGGAGGCAUUGGACGGCGACAGGAUGGACGAAUACCUUGAAGACGCCCCCCCAGCGAGGACGGAGAUCGAGUACUGGGAGGCUGUAGCGAGACUGGGCCUGUCCCAGAUCCCUGGCGACCGCUUCCCCGAAGUGCACGAGCGCGAAGUCGGCGGCCGGCUCAGGAACUGCGAUGAGACGGCGCUCGAGAAGUGGCUUACAUGCCCGAAGACAAGACGCUGCCUCCUCACGGUCUUCGGGAUCGGCAACAUGGACGGCGACACGGUGGCGGCCAUGCAAACCCGCAUCGAGAAGAUCCUCGAGGAGUUCCUCGGAACAGCCGCCUUCCGUCUAGACCCCCCGAAGGAGAACAAGCGUGGGAUCCCGGCGAGCGAGGCCCCCAAAGCGUGGAUGCUGUCGAACAUCCCGAACCUGGCAAAAGAAAUCAUGCUGUUGGUCUUCGGGUGGUCGCACCAAACGGUCGCCUUCCACGUCUACGACGACGACGUUGACGAGAUCCCGGACUUCGUGGCGGCACUACUAGGCGUCUCCCAGAAGAACGGCGACAAGAUCCUCGCGGCGAUCAUCGAGGAGUUCGAGCAGGACACGAUGAUGGCGGCCCUGGAGGAGAUCUUCCGCGUCGGCCCGAGGCAGUCAGCGGCGCAGCUCCGAUCGCUCGCGAACGCGGCGAUCGCCUCCAUCCGCAUCGAGCUCCGGUACGCGAACGCGGCGAACGAAGAAUCCCCGCGGGUGGUGUACAUCUACAUGAAGACACCAGGUGCGGACCCGGCUAAGUGGGCUCAAUGGCAGAGGGGCCUGCGCGGACACACCUGGUCUUUCGGAGCGGGCCGCGUCACGACGAGGCGCGGGAUUGAACGCUGCAGCGGAUGCCAUGGCACGGACCACCAAGUCACCCACUGCCCCUACCUCGACAGGACGAAGGUACCGGGAUGGCGCACCACCCCCCAGCACCGCAAGGACGACGCGCGCCAGCAGAGGGACGACACGCACCCCAGGUGCCCGCCGGGACGCGACACGGCACAACGUGACAGGCCGCGCAACGCACACGCCGGCCCGUCCCGAGUGAGGGACAACAGCAACGGCUGGCCUGACGACAGGCGCCCGCGGGACGCGAGGCGCGCCCAGGACGAGUACAGGCAGAGGGGCUACCAGGACGACGGCUUCUACCCCGACGACGACGACGACGCGGCAGGCGACGCCUGGGGCGCGCCGCAGAGGCCUCAGAAGUCACAGGGCCAGGGCACACAGCGGUCGCGCAACGGGCGUCGUUGA